AUGCGAUGUUCAAGAAUCAGCGAGGAGACCUGUGUGCCACAGUGGAGUGAGUUACAGGAGAUGAAGUCAGAGAUGGAUAGCUUAAGACUGUUUUUCAAGAGUUUAAAAUAUAUGACAAAUGUAAUUGAACCUUUUGCCAAUGACGUUUUACUACUAGACCAAACUCCCCCCAAGACGGGUAACUGGCUUGAAACAGAGAUUAUCUUCAAGGUUUGUGUGCUGGAGAGACAAAUAUUUGAUUUCCUUGGAUAUCAGUGGGCACCUAUCCUGGCAAAUUUUGUACAUAUUAUUAUCGUCAUUCUUGGUUUAUUUGGAACUAUUCAAUAUAGACCUCGUUACAUAACAGGAUAUGCUGUCUGGCUAGUCCUCUGGGUUACGUGGAAUGUGUUUGUUAUCUGCUUCUAUUUGGAGGCUGGGGACCUCUCAAAGGAAACAGACCUUAUCCUGACUUUUAAUAUUUCAAUGCACCGAUCUUGGUGGAUGGAGAAUGGACCAGGAUGUACGGUGACGUCAGUGACACCUGCCCCAGACUGGGCCCCAGAGGACCAUCGCUACAUCACGGUCUCAGGGUGUUUUCUGGAGUACCAGUACAUAGAAGUGGCUCAUAGUUCCCUCCAGAUUGUCCUCGCACUGGCAGGGUUCAUCUACGCCUGUUAUGUUGUGAAAUGUAUAACUGAAGAAGAGGACAGCUUUGAUUUCAUAGGUGGCUUUGACUCUUAUGGCUAUCAAGGUCCUCAGAAGACAUCUCAUUUACAACUACAGCCUAUGUACAUGCAAAUUCCCUUGGAUAACAACUGA